AUUACAGGCGUGAGCCACAGCGCCCGGCCUACUCUAUUUCUUGCAAAAGACUCCUAAUUUGUCUUCCUAAUUCUGCCCUCAACCCUCUUUAGGCUGUCCUCAACAUAGCAACAAGAAGAGUCCUGUAAAGUGUUAACUCAUUUCACCCUUUUGCUCCAAACUGUCCAUCUCAGAGUAAAGGUCCUGACUUCUGCCUCUGGCCAAGAUGAAGUAACAAGAAGCAGAUUCACCUUCCCACCUGGAACCCAGCUAAAUAAAGGAACAAACACAAAAUGCAUGAAACAAUGGCUUUUCGAGACACUGGAUGUCAGACAACAAAGGAUAGUGUUGUCUGAGAAGUGGUGAACAGGAUAUAUAAUCAAAAUAAUUUGGAGACCAUUGCUCUAAAAAGUUGAAAGAUGAAUGUUUUCAGAAAAUGGAAAUAAUUUAUCUACAAGCAAAGUGCUGGAUUCCUUCAAGCAGAUGACUGAAACCAAGGCUUUAUCAACUGAAACAGACCUGCUCUCCUACAUCGGGGGAGAGGGGGCCACUUCCGGGAGUCUGCGUGAUAAUGUUCUCAGGCUUCCUACAUGUUUAAUAAGCCAGGCAACUCCACAAAUCUUGCAAUGGCUACAGACCCCCUACUAUUCACAUGAUGGAUAUGCAGCCUAACCAAGUGCUGUAUGUCAUUCUGCCACCACAGAGGUGAGAUCCAGAGAAGGGAGACAACUUCCAAACGCCGCCAGGCCAGUCAAUCGUAGAGCCGGGCCUAGAGCCCGGGUCACUUGUUCCUGAAGGCCUCCUGUUCCCGGCUGCACGGUACAUCCAGUAUGAACCAGUGAGGCAAGGGACAGAAACUGGAUAGUGGAGAGCACCACACCCGUUUCGAAGAUGGACUGGGAUCCCAGCUGCUCGGCCCCGCCUCCCUGAGCCGUGCGCUGCCCUUAGCGUCUUUGCCUUCAGCCAGUAGUAAACGUGGCUGUGGCCGUCGGCGCUUCCGCCGGGGCGUGGGGGUCAGGGGUCACGCAAGAUGGCGGCGUCCAGGAGCUGCUGAGGCGUGAAGCGGAGGAUGGCGCUGGCGGCUGGGGUUCGGCUCGGGCGGCGGCUGAGUUGGCCGAGGCUGGUGCGAGCGCACUGGACGCCGGCCCAGCGCUCCCGGAGCCGGCGCGAGGCGGCGGAGGCCGAGGCGGACGCGCCCGUGUUCCAGUACGUGGGCGAGCGUGCCGCCCGUGUGGACCGCAUCUUCGUGUGGGGCUUCAGCUUCUCGGGGGCGCUGGGCGUGCCCACCUUCGUGUUGCCGGGCUCCGGGCCCAAGACUCGCGCCGGCCGGCGGUCGUACCGCAGGAUCCAGCCUGUGCCCUACCGGCUGGAGCUGGACCAAAAGAUUUCAUCUGCUGCCUGUGGCUAUGGAUUCACAUUGCUGUCCUCUAAAACCAAGGAUGUUACGAAAGUCUGGGGUAUGGGACUCAAUAAAGAUUCUCAGCUUGGAUUUCACAGGAGCCGGAAAGAUACAACCAGGGGCUACGAGUAUGUUUUGGAGCCCUCGCCCAUCCCACUGCCUCUGGACAGACCUCAGGAAACACAGGUGCUGCAGGUGUCCUGUGGCAGAGCACACUCUCUCGUCCUGACAGACAGCGAAGGAGUCUUCAGCAUGGGAAACAAUUCUUAUGGGCAAUGCGGAAGAAAGGUGGUUGAAAAUGAAAUUUAUAGUGAAAGUCACAAAGUCCACAGAAUGCAGGACUUUGAUGGACAGGUGGUGCAGGUCGCCUGUGGUCAGGAUCACAGUUUGUUCCUGACGGAUAAAGGAGAAGUCUAUUCUUGUGGAUGGGGUGCCGAUGGGCAGACAGGUCUGGGUCACUACAACAUCACCAGUGUGCCCACCAAGCUGGGUGGAGACCUUGCGGGAGUGAACAUCGUCCAGGUGGCCACCUACGGUGACUGCUGCCUGGCCGUGUCUGCUGACGGAGGCCUCUUUGGUUGGGGAAACUCUGAGUACCUGCAGCUGGCUUCUGUCACUGAUUCCACACAGGUGAACGUGCCCCGGUGCCUACCCUUCUCAGGAGUGGGCAAGGUGCAGCAGGCUGCAUGUGGCGGUACAGGCUGUGCUGUGCUCAACGGGGAAGGACAUGUUUUUGUCUGGGGAUAUGGAAUUCUUGGGAAAGGACCAAACCUAGUGGAAACUGCUCUUCCAGAAAUGAUUCCACCCACCCUCUUUGGCUUGACGGAGUUCAACCCAGAAGUCCGGGUUUCCCGCAUUCGAUGUGGACUCAGCCACUUUGCAGCACUUACCAACAAAGGAGAGCUGUUUGUGUGGGGCAAGAACAUCCGAGGGUGCCUGGGAAUCGGUCGCCUGGAAGACCAGUAUUUCCCGUGGAGGGUGACGAUGCCCGGGGAGCCUGUGGAUGUGGCGUGUGGUGUGGAUCACAUGGUGACUCUGGCCAAGUCAUUCAUCUGAAUCUCCCGCCCGACCUGCUGGAGUCUGGCCCUGGCCCUAGAGCUGCUCGGCCUGCUCAGCAGAUGCGGCACGCGGCCGGCCAGUGGGGUUCUUGGGGGGUGGCAGAAGAGGAUCAGGACCCAUUGUGGAAUGUGGCAUUCUCUCCAAAAUCCUUAGUGGGCACACGCUGGGAGCAGCUGGGACGAGGUCCCUUCUCCAGCCGAGGACGAGAUCUGCAGAAUCCAGCACAGGAUGCCGCUUUUAGUGGGCCGAGCUCCUGAGGGGCUGUGGUGGCCCAGGGCAGGGACGAGGAUUUACACAGCUUGGCUUUCUCCAGGUAACCCUCUAAUGUCAUGCUUGGCCCAAGACACUGGUUUUAGGAGAGCUUAGCCCUCACUGGGUGACAUUUUGCGUGAUCUACAAGGUGGCCUGACAGAAUGUGGCGCUCAGGCGGGCUUCUGUCUCCCCUCUGUCAUGGCAGGCCCCUUGGUUUGUGUCUGGCAGGCGUGCGUGUGCCCCAGGCCGAGCCCCAUGUAGCUGAGGGAGCCAGGCUGGCCUCGGCCCGUCAGUCUGCUCACAGCCCCCUCGGGUGGGCUGCCACACCGCAGGCUCCCUGGCAGGACUUGGUUUCUCCAUGUAGCUGCCAGCGUGUGCCAGCCCCCUGCCCCAUGGGGCCCGUGGCUGUCUCCAGCCUUGUGCCUGUUCUCACUCACUGCCUGGCUUGGAAACGCUGAGGAGCCCCUCAGGAAGAAGAUCGAGGCCGAAUUCUUGUGGGCUGAGGGCCGGAACACAUCCACAAAAGCUUGGCCGGAGUGCCAGCUGGCCUUGGAGAAGGAUCCAGAUUGUGAAGAACAUUUGAUUUAGUAGCGUGACUUGCCUUUUCCUUUAAAAACAUCUUUUAAAAAUCUCUUUUGGAAUAAAAUCUGUUCUCUGCCUUUUGAUUUUUAA